UGUGACAGCUUUAGCUUUGCGUUCGAUGGUGUCUGAACUACUCCCAAAGGGAAGGGAAACUGCAAUUUCUCCAUUCCCCACUGGUAUAUCGUUGAUCCAGCUAGCAAGCGAACGCUUCAAGUUAAAUCCAGUAUUUUAAGAGUUCUGGGUUGAUGUUCCAUAUCCACUUUCCCACUCGAAGAACCGCCGUUCGAUACAUUUCGAAGAAUAAUAUUAUCUUAGUCCGACUGAACAAAACAAGUUGAAGUGCAAAGUUAAUAGUUACAUUUCUGUUGAUUUGCUAGCUUGCAUUGCUAGUUGGGAAAGCUAAGGUUAGCUACGAUAUUUAGUUUUCUCAGAUUUAAAAGGGCGGGUAUUAUUUUUAGCCAUCAACAGUUUGUUAUUGCUCAUUCGAAGACGRCGGCUAAUUAGUUAAUCAUAGCUAACUCGUAACUAGCUGCUUUAAUACUGUGCGUAUUCAGCCUGGAAGCCAAUUCAAGGCCUUGCUUACCACCAGUCUGCAUCGCCGUGCAGUGAGAGCUGAAAGCUUACUUGGUGACAAAGAGACUUCUCCCUGAGGAGCCAAGAAGUAGACGGCUCAUGACUUCUGACCAGGAUACAAAAGUUGUAGCUGAACCACAGGUGCAGCAAGUACAAGAACCAAAAGAGAGCUCUCAUCUGGAAUCUGCCAAGGUUUCUGACCUGAACCCCAAUGCGAAAGCAUGGGCCAAUCACAUGCUUAACCUGGACACCACCACUGGGACUGCGGAUACACCUGCUUUCCAGCCAUGGAAGGACGGCUGCGUUAGCAGCUCCGCUGACCCUGGGCCAGAAGGCUGUGAAGCCAGCGAAGACGACGUGUUUGAAGGGACCCUACUAGCUGACCCAGAUGAGCCGGUGGCGGUGUUACUGGCAGAGCCAGCUCCCAUGGCUGCCACCGUCACCCUGGAGUGCUCCGACCCUGCUGAAUACCCAGAGUCUGGCCAGGAGGAAACUCACACAGGCAGUGAGACCCAGCAGGAGAGCCCUCAGGAGGACCUCCGGGAACACCUGAAGAAGACCCUGGAGUUCUGUCUUUCCCGAGAGAAUCUGUCCAGCGACAUGUAUCUUAUCUCUCAGAUGGAUAGUGACCAAUAUGUGCCAAUCGUGACGGUAGCUAACCUGGACCACGUCAAGAAACUCAGCACGGAUGUGGAGUUGAUUGUCGAUAUCCUACGGUCUCUGCCGUUGGUCCAGGUGGAUGAGAAGGGGGAGAAGGUGAGACCCAACCAGAACCGCUGCAUUGUCAUCCUCAGAGAGGUCCCUGAGAGCACUCCCAUAGAGGAGGUCGAGGCUCUUUUUAAAGGAGAGAACUUACCUAAAUUCAUCAAUUCUGAGUUUGCCUACAACGACAACUGGUUCAUCACCUUUGAAUCGGAAGCAGAUGCACAACAGGCAUAUCAGUAUCUUCGUGAAGAAGUGAAAACCUUCCAAGGGAAGCCUAUUAAGGCACGGAUUAAGGCGAAGGCAAUCGCUAUCAACACUUUUAUGCCAAAGAAUGGCUACCGCCCGGUGGAGGUUCACCCUUACGCUCAGCAGCAACAACGUUACACCUCCUACUACAUACCUCCAGUGUACAGCCCUCAGCAGCAGUUCCCCCUCUACAGCCUCAUCACUCCACAGGCCUGGUCAGCCACCCACAGCUUCAUAGACCCUUCGCUGGUUACCCAAUUUCACAACACUCAAUUUAUCAAUGGAUUUACAACAUCCCAUAGUUUUAAACCAGCGACGUCUCCUCUUGCUGGUGUUAGGCACUACUCUCCCAGGAAUAGGAAUCACAUUCACAGUAAACCUCACCUGAGGCCCACAAUACCCAACAUGGACCAGCGCGGCACAGGGCUCCUGGACAGCCCCACCAUCUUCAACUUCCCCACGGAGCGAAUUCUGAACGGGGUACCGCGGGGUUCCCCCCAAAUGACACGCCUCCCGAGCCAGAACAGAACCAGGUUACCCCCCUCCACCAUGACCUACCCCAGGAGAGACAUCAGUACAGGUCGUGUAGAGCCCGUCAGCACUGACUACUCACUGGGCAUGGGCCGGGGAAGGACAAAUAUUUAUGGUUCUAGGAAAAAGAGGGACGACAACAAGUUUACYAGAAUGGCUACCCAGUCGCCACCCCCUCCUCAGAAGCCCCCGUCCCCCAGCUUUGAGCUGGGGCUCUCCAGCUUCCCCCCUCUGCCUGGGGCCGCAGGCCACCUCAAAACCCCUGAUGACAUGUUUGAGAACAGACUGGCCAGCAUGGUAUUAGGAGCCACAGAGGACAGGAAUGUAAGCGUUGAUGCCAGCUCUGCAGGUGCCCUCCCCUCAGGAGGACCCAAGGAGCCACUAAGGACGGUCACUUCUCCACAGCCCCCGAACCUCCAGCCCACUGCUCCCCCGAACCCAGGACCAGCCUCUGGCCCUGUCCGUGUUUCCUCCAAACCUGCAGAGGAAGUGAAGGUUCUGGAGGUGAAUCAGGAGACUCAGGUCUCUAUGGAGCGCAUCACUACUGCUCUGUACACCGCUAGCAAAUCUGUUCAAGUCAAUGGUACUGCUACAGAACUGCGAAAGCCCUCUUACGCUGAGAUCUGCCAGAGGAUUAAAGACCACGCUCCGAUACUACAGGCCCCUAAAGAGGCCAAACCAGCCAGCAGCGCUGCCUCCGCAGGAGAGGAGAAGAAGUGCACUGACGCAGCCCCAGGGGACAGGGGUGAGCCAAAGGUCACCCGAGAGACAUACCCAUGCUCCUCCAAGUCUGCCACCCUCGGCAGACCCCGAGAGGUCCGGAGACCYACCGGCCGGUGGACUUCACCACCCCCCCACCACCCAGGGAAGGGUGCCAGCAGCAAAGAUCUCAACACUCCCCCAAAGUCCCCGCAGUAACCCCCCCCCCACUGCAAUCAAGUCAAUUUCAAAACAAAAAUGUGAGAGUGAAAGAAAUCUGAAAAAGUCAGGGCUAUUCAAAUACAACCUAUUCCAAAWUCACCAGUCAUUCAUAGCAUAGAGAGGAUGCCUUUCUGGAUCAGGGCUUUCAGACAAUAGCACUUUAGUGUGCAUAUAGAGCACCGUUAAUCAUUUUUACUUAUUUAUUUUUGGAGGGUUUAUUUUUUWUWUUUUUGUUAAUCUGAACAUGUACUCCUGUUCAGAUUAGUGGGAUAAAUUCAUAUGUCCAAAGUAUUGUGAGGUCAUCAGUGGAAGCCAACAACGGGUGAAUGAAAGGAAGCAGAUGAGGAACAGUGUAGCUGUUGCCAUGUCAUUUGUUGUGACUGUGGGGGGGUGUCUGUAUGUCUUGUAUGCAGUCCCGUUAAGUGGUGAUGUGAUUUCAMUGCAGGGUGUGAUGAUCACCAUAUCAGUCAGACAAGAUGGUUGUGCCCCAAAUCGUUCCCUAUGUAGUGCACUACUUUCGAUCAAAAGUAGUGCACUACAUAUGGAAUAAGGUACCAUUAGGGACGCAGCUAUGAUGUGUUUUACAUAUUUGUUCAUAUUCAAGGUCAACUAGUCCAMGCUCAUUUUACGGACUUAACUAAAAUCCUCAGAAGAUGACUUACUUUCUGAGGGACUUCACCACCGGUGUCAUUUAUCAAAACUAGAUUACCUUUUUGCCAACACGGAACACUUUAUCUCGUUAGAACACCAGCAUUUGAGGAGAAUACAUUUAUUUGCAUACUGGUUUUGAUCGUUGGUACAAGUACUACUUGUUGCGUGCUGGUGGUUUUGAGAGCGCCUUAGACUUUCUUUAUCUGGUAUUUCUUGUGGUAAAGAAUUACAUUUAGUUGUUUUCUGUUGUCCAAUGCAGGAGUCUGUUUCCUAGCCGUGUAAAGCACAUUGCUAGUUAGUCCUCGUAGAGAGCCACUAUCAGGGUCAGUAGAAAUCUACAUGCAUUUUGAUCUUGGAAAAAGCAGAUGAGGGUCGUUCCAGCAAUUCGGUGCCUUUUUGAGAUGUGUAACUUGGUCCAAUUUAAUUUCUUCACUUUAUUUUUACUUUCUGUCAUAAAGAGCACGUKAAACUUAAUUGACACAUUUUCCCAUCUCAGCGUUAAAUAAAAWAUUACUAUAGUAAGUGACAAAAUAAGUAACACMGUUGACUGUCGCAGGGUUGACAAUUUCAUCUUAGAUCAGCCGUGAAUCCCAUAUUGAAAGGUGGAAUGGAAGUUUGUUGUGUGUAACAGGGAYUGGCAAUUAAUUGGCACCUUCACAAACAUUUUUAAGUUAACAUUUCUAGCCUGUCUAUCUAUGGGUAACAGGGUUGACGUGUUAUGCUUGACUCGCUCAGUUUUCUACCACAAAA